AUGGCGGAUGAAAUUCAGGAUUUAGCAGCAGUGCUAAUAAUUCUGUUGAAAAUGAUGUUAAAACGAUCAUAAAAGUGAUAAAUUCGAGUAGGAAGAUCAACAGACGGGAUAAAUAUGAGUAAAGAGUGGAAAUUGGAACCAAAUUAAUCAUGGCAGAUUGCAGCAAUUGUCAGGAUUUAAAAAAGCAACUUGACGAAUUGAAGCAAAAACACUUCCUGGAUUUUAAAGCAAUUAAACAAAAGAUUGUUUCUACUAACAAAUUAAUUGGCUCGUAUCAGGAGAAAUGUCAUGAACAUGACAAACAGAAAAAGAGUGUUGUAGAAGUGACUACUAAGUUGGAGGGAGCGCAAAGGAGUGUUGCAGUAAUUAAACUACAGUUAAAGAAAUCUUUGGAGCUUAAAGGACCAUUACAAAAGAAAUGUGAUGAAUUGGAACAGGAAAAACUACUUCAAAAUGCUGAGAUGCAAAAAUUGCAAGACAAAUUAAAAGGAUCUGAGAGUUUGGUUGCUCAAUUGCAAAGUGUUAUUAAACAGAAUGAGACAUUAACUACUUCAUUACGACUUGAGGCAUCUUUACGUAAACAUGAAGUUGAUGAGUAUAAGAAAAGCCAAAAGAAAAAUGAAGGUCAAAUCAGUAAACUAGAAGAACAAAUCCUAACAAAGAAAAAUGCAAAUAUGACAUUAAACAAGGAGCUUUCAAAAUCACAGUACAAAAUGAAGACUUUGCUGGAUGAAGCUGAAAAAUCAAAGAUGUUGAUUGCAGAUCUUGAAAAACAGCUAAAUUCAGAAAAAAGUGAAAAAAUGAAAAGUGAUGAAAAAGAUCAUCUGAGGAUCAUUGAGGAAUUAAAAGAAGAAUUAUUAAAAUUUAAACAACGGAAUAUUGAUGAAAAUGAGGGUGAACUUGAAUUAGGAACUACACCAAGCAGAUCUCCAAGAAGAUCUCCAAGAAUACGGAAAAUUGUGGCUCUGAAUCGAGAAGAACCUUUUGGAAUAACUGAAGAAAGAUCCUUGACUCGGCUACAGCAAAAACAUUUUGUUGAACAAAUUAAGAAGAAAACAUUAGACAGUGAUUUCGGUCAAAAGGAAAAGCUUAUAUCAGGAAUAGUUGAAGAAGCCAAAGUCAUGUCGUUGAUGGAUAGAGUAAACGAGUUGUUUGAUGUACCUGACUGUCCUUGUUUAUCACCACUUCCACCUUCUCCAUCUUUCAAUCAUAGUAGCAAUGAGUGUACAAAUAACAGUGAUACUGGUACGGAUAGAAAUAUUGAUCGCAGUGGACAUGAACCAGAAUGCAAAGGUAAUGAAAACAUCGAUGAAAGUGUUAACGAUGAAAUCAUCCCACAAAUUGAAGAUCAACUCAUUUUUGAGAAGAGAGAUUUGACCACUCCAGAGUCCAAACUUAUGACAUUGAGAUCAAGAAAAAGACGAAGGAAGGGAAAUACGAGUCACAAUUUCGGAAUAUUCUCAAAACAAUCGGAACUUGGAUUGAGUGAAAAUUCUACUAAACGAACGUUAUCUAGAAGCCAAAGUGAAAUUAUUGAAAAAGAAUUACACACACCUGAAGUUGGUGUUCUGGUAACCAGAAGUCGAACUCUCAAAGAAGUUGUAAAACAGCGACGAAGAAAGAAGAGAAGACUUUCUAGUAACGAAAGUGAAAGGUCUUUGGAAAGUUCAGACAUUUCAGUUACAGAAAACAAUGAUGUUGAUGAAAAUAAGCAACUUGAUAACUCUGGAGGCGAGACAGAAGACAACUAUGAACCUCACGAGACUUUAUCCUUGGGUAAUUUCUGUGAGCGGGACAUGGUCAAUAAAGGAAAUGGAGAUAAUGGAAACACACCUAGCGCCCAAGUAUUCACCACUGAAAACCAAACAGCUAAUGAACCUUCGUCUCAGGAAAUAUUAAUAACAGAAAUCACAGAAGCAUCACACGAAAUGCGUAAUAAUGGCAUGGUCUGUGAGGUUGACUCUUUAGAAACCUUGGGCUUAGAUCUGAAUAUUUCCAAGAGAGAGAAAAUUGUCGAAGAUGGAGAGAGGAAAGAGCAAGCAUUUGUUUCAGAAACACAUGACAACAACACCGAACACAUUUCUGGGAAAGUUGAAGACAGAAUAAUGCGAGAAGGAAUCGUUAACAAAUCUCAUCAAUCAUUUAUAAACAUGAAAGAGAUUAGCGAGAAAAAUAUCCUUCAUCAUACGGAGGACACGGAGGACGAGUGUCGUAAAAUUAAAUUUCCUAAACAAGCAAGACGAGAUAACAACCAUUCCUUUCCACAGGAUCCUGACUCCUUGAACUGCGUCAGUGUUUCAACUACUGAAACGAAUUUAGUCCAUCCAGUGUAUUUCAAUGCAACACAGCGCAAUGAAAUCCAUCAAGAUCACACGAAAUCAAGUGUUAAUAAUGAGGAAGCAACAACCCGGUCAGAGGAUCAAAAUAUUGACUCGUUUAAGGAGUUAAAUGAGUAUAACACUGUCACUAAUACGAUCAACAAUUAUUCUCUACUCCAGCAAGAAGUGCUCACGGAUUCAACGGAUGUUAUCGACGAGGACAAUACUGCAAUUUUAAAUAAUGGUAAUAUUGAUGAAAAUGAAGAAUCCAAGGAACAGACAAGAUCUAUUCAACAGUGUACAAGUGACAAGUUUUCUUUAGGACGUAAAGAGACAAUUACUUCUGAAUUAAGAAGUGAAAAUAGUAACGAGUCUAGUUCUCCUUGUCAGAAUAUGGAAGGAAAUGAAACCACGCUAAAUAAUGUCGCUCAAUCUCUAAACGAAAGUCUUCAUUCAAUUCCUUCUUUAUCUCCGAUGCCUGUAACACCCAAAAAACCUGGUCAACCAGCAGAGAUUAAUAAUUGUUUUGAUUCUUUGAAUUGCAUCUUUCCACUCUCACCCAUUCCCCCAUCACCACCUCGGAUAAAUACGAUUAUGGAGGAAGAUUUAACAAUUGAUGAAAUAGUUACUCAAAAAGAGGAUGAAAAGAAAAAGUUAGUCACAAAUGAAUUGCCUAGUGAUGCUUUACAUCGCUACACUGCUGUGGACGAAACUGAAUAUAUUAUACUUAUAUUCAGAAAGCUCAAGAACCAAAAAAUUUCGUUGGAGCAAUUGAUUACAGCUCUUUCAUCGCGAAGGAAUGUCAAUUCAUUUUGUCAGGGCUUAAUACGUGUUUUAAGUGACACUGAAAAUCAUGUAGAGCAUGAGCUACUACAACGUUGUGCUGAACAGUACGAAUUUCACACUGAAGCAAUGGGCGAACCAAUUGUUUCUCAAUUUGAGAUGCAAGUUCUUGUUGCUGUAAACCGGUUGUGCAAGAUUCAAAGAUACUCUUCUUUGUUGAAUAAAUUCAUCAACUGUUUAAAACUUAAUUUAUGUCAAUUGUUUAAGAACGACAGAAACGUGGCUGGACUGUUGGCGAUGUGUCGCAUCCAUACAGGAGUUUGUCGUCUGAUGGGCGAUGGAAGAAUUGUUCUGGUAUUUUGCUAUGAUAUUCUUAAACAAAGGAAAAGGCAUUCGAUGACAGAAAGAAUAUUAGUGGCGGUUGCUUUAGUCUGGCCUUACGUACUAGGAAAAGACGUUCAUUCUGUCAGCAUUCAUCCUGAAACAGUGACUAUAUCUGGACCUACUUAUCGACCAUUUUUAGCUACACUUCAAAUCAUUCUCAUGUCACGUGAAUCGUCAUACAAACGCUGGUUUCAAUGGUUAUGCGAUUGGUGUGAUAUACCUGAAGAUAUUAAUGUAUUGGAGAUAGGGUUAGCUAGAGACUUGAUGCGUGUUCUUCGGGGUACUAGUGAAGCAACAUACGAGGAUAAUAAAGAUGUGACAAUGGAUGGUUUGUCGUUUGAAGCCGUUAAAUGCCUGGAACUUCUUGCUUUUUACAUGGGAUGGAAAUGGACGACUAAUGUUCUAUUUAGAGAAGUACUUUGGCCAUUUUUUAAAGAGUGGAAUGACAGGAACGACAUUUCCUUAGAUUCAAUUUUUGCAAGUAUUUUACGCCUACUGGGUUAUUUGGGAGGUGAAAAAUUACAAAAAGGAGAUAUGAUGAACUUGGAUGCCAUCGUUAAUCUAGUGUGUGCCAUUCUCAUCAAUCCCAAUUGUGAAAAAGUGUCGUUCAGUCUGCAAGUGGCAGCUGCGAAUACCUUGCUAGAAAUAUUCCUUGCAGAUCCUCUGAAAAUCACGGAGGUGUUAGAAGGUUGGUGUGCGGGAAAGAGUAAAACAAACGAUAAAUUGGUCGCAAAGAUCGCUCAUCGUCUAAAAACACGUAAGAGGACAAAACAUUAAGUAUUGACGAGAAUUAUACGUCGUGUAUAGUUUGAAAUAAAUUCUGCAAUAGCUCCCUAGAUGUACUAUAUUUGGGGAUUAUACAAGAGUCUUCUUUCUUUGGCUAAUUUGAUCUUGACUAUACGAAAGCUUGUCGUCGUAUCUUAAUGUAUUCUCGUAUAGCAUAUACAAUAAGUUUAUAUUGACUGUCUAAUAUAUACAGGAAAACAUUUUCAUGUUUCAACCUAAGAUCUUUUGUCGUACUUAAGUGCAUGUUGAUGCCUGAUCGACCAAUUCGACAAUUUAAACACAUGUUGUAUCCCUAAUUGCUGUCAAUGUUCUGGUUGUCAUGUCCUGUGAUUAUGUAAACAUUUUAUAUUUUAUUACCGCGAUGAACACUAAAUUUUACUUGUACUUGGGUUUUAGCUAGCAAAUUGCUAUA